CCGAUGUUUAUCCGAAGGAACAACUUCCCCACUCCAAUUUCUCGAGCGCUGACGGACCAUGGUUUGAAACUCGCGCGAUUUGCAACGGAUAUCUAAGUUAUUUAAUGUUUUAUUAUUAAUCCCCCAGGUGUCUUUACCCACUCAGACUGCCCUUUGUUGACCGAAUUGCGGGCCCUCUCUGCCAGUGCUGGACCGCAGAUUACGGUGGGAUCGCAGUUGCCGUCCCGUAAGUCAUUCAAAAAUAACUGUGAGCCAGCUUGCAAACGAAAGGAGAGAGCUCCGUCCGCGGCUUCAAGGGUGUUUUAACGUUCCCGAGGGUAAACAAUGAGAUAUGGCCGAUGAAGGAGCUUUGGCCAAUGGCUACCAGAUGCUCGAGGAGCUCGGGAGUGGAAGUUUUGGAACGGUAUACAAAGCCAUCGAAAAGGACACUGGAGAAAUUGUGGCGAUAAAGCAUAUUGAUCUCGAAUCUAGCGAAGAUGAUAUCCAGGAAAUCCAACAGGAGAUUGCGGUGCUGGCAACCUGCGCAAGCCCUUACGUCACACAGUACAGGACAAGCUUUCUUAAGGGCUACAAAUUAUGGAUUGUGAUGGAGUACUUGGGUGGUGGAUCUUGUUUGGAUCUGCUUAAACCUGGAGUGUUUAAUGAAGCGCAUAUUGCAAUUAUCUGCCAUCAACUGUUACUGGGCCUGGAUUACCUACAUCAAGAGGGGAAAAUACAUCGAGAUGUCAAAGCUGCCAAUGUCCUUCUCUCACAAACUGGAAAGGUUAAACUGGCAGAUUUUGGUGUUGCAGCCCAACUCACAAAUAUUAAAUCGCAACGCAAUACCUUUGUCGGUACACCAUUUUGGAUGGCUCCAGAAGUUAUCCAACAGGCGGGAUACGAUUUCAAAGCGGAUAUUUGGUCAUUGGGUAUUACCGCAAUGGAGAUGGCUAACGGGGAGCCACCAAACGCUAGCACGCACCCAAUGAAGGUUCUUUUCUUAAUUCCGAAGGCGCCAGCUCCAAGGCUAGAAGGCAGCAACUACAGCCAAAAUUUCAAGGAUUUCAUCGCUCAAUGCCUUAUGAAGGACCCAGAUCGGCGAGCAACGGCUAAAGAACUAUUACGGCACAAGUUUAUCCGGAGUGCUGGUAAAACUGAGGCAUUGCAGGAGCUAAUUCAACGCAGGCAAGAGUGGGAGGCAAGCAAAGGCUUGUCAGAUAGUGUAAAAUAUUAUGAGGAAUCUAUGGCGACGAUUGAUCACAAGGAAGAUGAAGAUGGGUGGGUGUUCGAUACAUUGAAACCUAGUACCGUAGCUAUUUCGAACAACACACAAAAAAGAAUGAAGAUAUCCGGACCACCAAUAGAAGAGAUCGAUUCGGAGGAGGAACCCUUGGAGAUGCUAAAAAGGAUGGAACUUACAGACGUGUCAAACCUGCCGAAUUCAAAUAAGCCGGUGGCCAAUUCCACCGUCAGGCGUUCCGCACUGUCAACAGAACGAUCUCCGUCCGUGAAACGACCGAAUACCAAAAGGAAAUCAAGUGGGGUAAAACGACCACUUGGGUUAAACCUCAGCUUUGGAAAUAGCCCGUCAACAGUUAGACAAUUCCGUCGCGUAUCCGACAAACAGAUAGAAAUGCCGAACGAGUCCACGGGGUAUCCUCCUGGAAUGGACGAGAACUGCGCACCUAAGACGUUAUUUUCGGAAGCAAACAGCAAAGAGGCUAUACUUGGCCGGAGAGUAUAUAAUAAAUCUAUUGGACUUUCCUGCCAGGAGGUGCUUUCGACGACGUGGGAUCAGGAAAAGCGAGAGGCCAUAUCUCGACUCGCGGAAGCUUGGAGUGACCUGGAAAUGAUUGACCCAGAGGGUCUUUACCAUAUUAUGAAGUCGACUUGCGACAAAUUGCAAGCCGACCCCAAACUUUCCACUAUGCUCCCCAAGCAGACUGCCGCGGAGCCUCCAGCAAAGCCAAAGCUCGUUCUUGCUCAGAACAACCCACAUCUCAAGAGCCAUCGGCGGCGACAAUCCGAGCAGAUAUAUUCCGACGAUCAUUGGCAAGGAGCAGGCCUAAAUCUACCAGGACAGCAAGUUCUUGGAAUGGAACAUACCAAGCAACUUGCGGAUGUCCUUUAUGAUCGAUGGACAGCAGGACUUCGCAACCGAUGGCGAGCUGUAUAAUGUUCAUUUGAUUUGUGUAUGAUGUGUAGAGGGUUGGUUUAUCUUUUUGGUGUAAUUGGUUUUUCCCUCCCAGUUCCCUCCAGCAUACCGGUUGCUAGAAAAUAGAGGGUCUAUAAUUUGGUAGACAGUAUUGUUUUGGUGCGUGUAAUAUGCCUUCUUUUCUACUUGAUCUACUUUUGACUUUUUCACUUUUAUUUCUGGCUUUUGUACCACUGUCCCGUGUUUUUCCUUGAAAAGAAGAGGCAAAUUUUCCGGCGCCAAUCUUUCUGUUGUUCAUACGACAUUUCAUCAGUUCAUAUUUGUUCCUCCUCCCUUUUUCACUUCAGUCAUAAUGCAAGCGCGCGGGAAGCCCAACGCAUGGAACCAGCGAAUGGGCGCUCGUGCGUAUUAUUUUCUCCUUCUUCGUCUUUUCCUACUUGAUCUAUGUAUGGAUGAGAAGGAGUGGCGCCUGAUUUGAAUGAUCCAUGUAUAAUAGAUAUUUAACGAAGCUGCUUCCUAGGAGCUUUGUUCAAGUUGUGUUUACGUAGAUUAGAAUAUAUUGUGAAAUCCAAACAACUAUACCAUAGCUAACUAUAUAGAGUGUGUGUUAAGCGCGGCAGAGAGUCGAAAGGUAAAAUAAAGGUGGGCAACGAGAUGUAGUAUUUUGAGAUGCGCAUCCAGCAGGCCAACCCAGCAUAAUUAACAAUUUGUUCAAUGAAUGUUCCUGUGUGUCAAGGUAACAAUGAUCAUUGUUGCACCUCAUCGAACGAAGCAUAUGAAGGCUAUUCCUGCGAAUGGUCCUCGGCUCUCAUUCUUUUGCUAUCACCCCUUCACCUUAAAUUGAAGGGGAAUUCGCUGUCUGCUUCUCGCCGAGUUAAGAUGUCUCGAAUUGCAGUUUUCAAAGUUUUCGAUUCCAGCUUGGGGUAAAGGCAGCACAGUGGGAUGCGAUCGUUCAUGUUCACCAAGAUAAGAAGAGAGGUGCGGGAGGGUUGUCGAUAUCGUACAUCUGCCUCCAUAAAUGGGCCAUCUCCAGCAAGUCUCCGAAAUCUUCUCUGCGACGGUCCACGUCUGCCAGAGAUAGUUUA